AUGUACGCUGUGGAACAGGAAAGGGCCCAUCCGGUGCCGCCGCCGCCGCCGCCUCUCUCAAUGGAUCGCAUCUCUGCCCCGGCGGCUGGCUACCCAACGCCGGGCUCGGCCGGUCUACAGUCGGUCGACCACCUGGCGCCCAGGUCCUAUGUUCAUGAGGGCCGCAUCUGGUCUCUCCAGGUGGUACAGCAGCCCAUCCGGGCUCGCAUGUGCGGCUUUGGUGAUAAGGAUCGGAGACCAAUCACGCCGCCACCAUGUAUCCGGCUGAUCGUGCGCGAUGCACAAACAGAAAAGGAGAUAGAUAUCAAUGAGAUCGAUACUUCAUUCUACGUCCUGACCGUCGAUUUGUGGAAUGCCGAUGGCACCAACGAAGUGAACCUGGUCAAACAUUCCGCUACCUCGCCCUCGAUCUCGACUGCCAUGUCAUCCUCGUACCCUCCACCGCCGCAGAGCAUGUCUCCCACUUACUCCGCCUACAACAACCCAUACGGGCAACCCGUCUAUCCGGGGAUGAACAACUAUUAUGGCGGUGCUCAGAUGGGAUACCAGAACCCUUAUGGAGCUUCCCCACAGGCGGGCUACUACCCGAAUCAGUACUAUCAAGGUGGUGGCCAAAUGGCAACGGCCAUGUCCCCCGCUGGGGCACAGCCCGUCUCGGGUGGACCAGGCGGCAUGUUCACUCGCAACUUGAUCGGGAGUCUCAGCGCAAGUGCCUUCCGGCUGACCGACCCAGACAACAAAAUUGGUGUAUGGUUUAUUCUACAGGAUCUCAGUGUGCGAACUGAGGGUACAUUUCGUCUGAAGAUGAGUUUUGUCAAUGUGGGUACACAGUCCACGGAGACCAGCAACGGCACUCCCGUGAUCAACCACGGGAGUGCCCCAAUUCUAGCCUCGGUCUUCAGCGAGCCCUUCCAGGUCUUCUCGGCCAAGAAGUUCCCUGGUGUCAUCGAGAGCACGCAACUAAGCAAAUGCUUCGCCCUGCAGGGAAUCAAGAUCCCGAUCCGCAAGGAUGGUGUGAAGGGUUCCCGUGGGCGUGGCGGAGACGACGACGACGGCGACGACUACGAUUAG